UGAACGUUACGCGGCUCUACCUCAGCAAACGAGCCAGCGGAAAUCACGUGACUCCAUAUCUAGCUGCUAAAUAAAUAGUCGCCCGCCCCCCGUGAAUGGGAUUUUGACUCUCAAAUUAAUACAUAAGUUCAAAAAAACAAAAAAAAAUAAAAGAAGACAAACUCAGAGGAGUGCAGCCGAUUACACAGCUCUGUCUGAAUCCUUACAGGGAACCAUGGCCUGGUUCUCUCCCUUGACGCCCAUCUUUGUCGCAGUACUUUGUGUCGUGAUUGCAGUUCUGCUGAAGGGCUUCAAAACUGAAAAGAGGGAGAAGAAAGCUCAGACGGCGGUCACUUCUAAAUCCCGACCUUGGGUGGACGAAGAUCUAAAAGACGAAACUGAGCUGGACACCGGAGAUCAGGCCCAUGAGGACUGGGUAACCGAGGAGGACGAUGUGCUUCACAUCCCCUUCUCCCCAAUGCGGCUGACUGAAGAGGAAAUGCUGCACAGAUCUCAGCAGUUUUUCCAGCUGAUGAACAGCAGGAGAAGCGUCAGAUUCAUCAGCUCCAAGCCUGUGCCAAGGGAGAUAAUCGACAAUGUCAUCAGAACCGCAGGCACUGCACCUAGCGGUGCUCACACAGAGCCCUGGAGCUUUGUGGUGGUGUCUGACCCAGAAACAAAGCAUGGGAUCCGAGAAAUCAUCGAGGAGGAGGAAGAAAUCAACUACCGGCAGAGAAUGGGAGAAAAGUGGGUCAACGAUCUGAAAAGGUUGCGGACAAACUGGGUCAAGGAGUACCUGGACAGCGCCCCUUAUCUGAUAUUAAUAUUUAAGCAGGUCUACGGAUUGAUUUCUAGUGGACAAAAGAAAACCCACUACUACAACGAGAUCAGCGUGGCCAUCUCCUGUGGGAUUCUGCUCGCUGCACUGCAGAACGUCGGGUUGGUGACUGUCACCACUACGCCUCUAAACUGUGGGCCACGGAUUCGGAUUUUGCUGGAAAGACCUACAAACGAGAAGCUGCUGCUGCUGCUGCCGGUGGGCUAUCCGGAGGAAGGAGCCACCGUGCCGGGUCUGAGUCGCAAGAAGCUGGAGGACAUCAUGGUGACUGUGUGAAGAGAAAGAAAGAAAGAAAGAAAGAAAGAAAGAAAGAAAGAAAGAAAGAAAGAAAGAAAG